AUGAACCUGAGAUCAAUACAUGUGAAUCUCAGCAUGAUGCACUUGUUUGUGCCAGCACUCGAUCAACAGCCAGUUAUGCCGUCUCUGGUCGGGGGACCUGAACGCCUUGUCAUCACCUACGAUAUCAUCUGCCAGUGGUCAAAGAACUUCCAAAAACGGAUGAAAAUUUACCCUGAAAACAUGCGAAUCCUCGAGACAAUGCAGGUUGAGGUGGCCAUCCCUGGUUGGCACAUUAACGGACAUGGUGAGGGCUGUCAGACAAAUUUUAACCUCAGCUACAUGGAGGGAGCUGGUAGGACGGUCGGUGAAGAUAUUGAAACAACAUGGGCAGGUACAAAUCAAUUAGUGCCUAGUGUUCGAGAGAUGGGUCCGGCAGCGAGGCAUGACACCCUGAACGAUCAGUGGAAUGGCUGGAACUUUCGAAAAAUUGUUGGUUUUCAUAAGAGUUUUUUUUCCUUGCAGUUCAUCCCCAUACUCACAGUCUUUCGCCACCAGGAACUUUGUUUUUAA